UGGGGGGAACCCUUUUCAAUGUUUUUAGGAUGGAUGACCAACAAAAAGUCAAGUCAUACUUUGAGUCCAUGGCUUGAGACAAGGGUCUGUGGUUCAACCACCAUGGAGAAAAGAGUAGAUUGACUUCAUGCAAAGAGACCACUUCCAUUUUUCGAAAGAAUGCCCAGGAGAGGAUUAUUUCUCCAAGCCAGGACCCGGUGGUUUCUGGUCGGCCUUGCUUUGGUCUUUAGUUUGAUACUUCUCGUGUACCUACUGCAGUGUGCUCCUACUUCUGAAGGAAAUGGCUCUCUCCCGGGCAUCGUCGGGGAACUGUACAAUAAAGAAUACUACCAAGCUCUUCUUCAGGAGCAGGAAGAGCACUACAAGAACCGGGCAAGCAGCCUUAAGCGUCAGAUAGCCCAACUUAAGCAGGAACUCCAGGAGAUGAGCGAGAAGUUAAGAUCGAUAAAUGAGAAGAAGCUCGCCAACGGUGGACACCAAGGUACCAAAGAUCAACCCAAUGACCUACUGGAGUUCCUUCACUCCCAGAUCGACAAGGCAGAGGUCGUUGCGGGUGCUAAAUUCCCAAGCGAGUACGCUGUGGUCCCAUUUGAAAGCUUUAACACCAUGAAGGUUUAUCAGCUGGAGAUGGGGCUGACUCGACACCCCGAGGAAAAACCCAUUAGGAAGGACAGGAGAGACGAACUGGUGGAGGUCAUAGAGGCUGGACUGGAAGUCAUAAAUAAUCCUGACGAUGACGAUGAAGAGCAGGGGAACAGAGGUGCUAACAAGGUGAUCUACAGUGAAUCUGACUUUGUAGAAGGCUAUUACCGCACUGAAAGGGACAAAGGAUCCCAGUAUGAGCUCUUCUACAAGAAGCCAGAUUCCGAGAACUACGACCACAUAACCCUUUUCCGCCCUUUCGGGCCUCUCAUGAAGGUGAAGGUGGACACGGAGGACAUAUCCAGGACCCUAGUCAAUAUCAUCGUUCCUCUCUCCGGCAGAACGGAGGCCUUUGCUCAGUUCGUGGAGAACUACAGGGAGGUUUGCGUUCAUCAAGACAGGAGGACGUACCUGACUGUCGUAUACUUUGGAGAUGAAGGAUUAGCGGAGGUCAAGAAGAUCCUGAAGGUUCUCAACGGAGCCACCAGCUCCCGUAACUACACCCUGAUACCGCUGAAGGAGGAGUUUAACAGGGGACGCGGGCUGGAGGUGGGCGCCAAAGCCUGGGACAAAGGAGACGGCUUGUUGUUCUUCUGUGAUGUCGACGUAUACUUCACCGCGGGGUUUCUCAACACCUGCCGACUGAAUGCAAAGCCUGGUAAGAAGGUCUUCUACCCGGUGGUCUUCAGCCUUUACAAUCCUGCCAUCGUCUACGCCAACCAAGAGGUCCCUCCGCCGGUGGAACAACAACUCGUUCACAAGAAAGACUCCGGUUUCUGGAGAGAUUUUGGCUUCGGUAUGACUUGUCAAUACAGGGCAGAUUUUCUAGCUGUCGGGGGUUUCGACCUUGAAGUCCGAGGGUGGGGGGGAGAGGACGUGCACCUCUACAGGAAAUACCUUCGCAGUGACCUGAUGGUGGUGCGAACCCCGGUGCCCAGCCUUUUCCACUUGUGGCACAAGAAGCACUGCGUGGACGAGCUGACCCCGGAGCAGUAUAGAAUGUGUAUCCAAUCCAAGGCCAUGAACGAGGCGUCUCAUUCGCACCUGGGGAUGUUGGUGUUCAGGGGCGAGAUCGAGGCUCACCUUCGAAAGCAAGCCUUCAAGACUAACGGUGAUCAAGCAGGUUGAAGGACCCAAAGCCUGAUGUCAACCCAACAUAAGAAUCGUGUGAUUCUGGACUAAUGGCGCGAGCCACGUACAGAGCCCCUAACCGUGGACUCGUCGGCGCCACCUGCUGGUCAGUCGAUUAACCUACGCCUUCUGGAAUGAGCUCUGUUAUACUCCAAAUAAUCCAAAUAUUUUUAUGCUACAAAAUGAAGGGGAAAAAAGGGAUACCUAGACAUUUGUGGAGCGUGUCGGCAGCUGGAGUCGACACAAGCUUAUCAGCGUGAUUGUUUUUUUUGUUUUUGUUUGUUUUUGUUGUGACUCCUCAUAUCAAAGCGAUUGGGUACCGCUGGAGAAAUGGACCUUAUGUGCCUUAUUACAGAAUGCGGAGAAAGAAAGGAAUAAGUAUCUUUUUAAUUUAGAUUUUUUUUUCCUUAAUUAUUAUUUAGAUUAAGUCGAACCUCUCGGAGAAUUUGCUUAGUUUGCUCUUGCAGCCUCGUGAAGGUCUAAAUAAAGGGAGCUUGUGCAUUACGAAUGCCUUAUUAUGCAGCAACGGAUAUGUCUAUUAAAGGAGAGAAGGGAUAUGUCCUUCUUCUAUGUGUCAUAUAAUCCUGGGGGAAAAGGCGACACCCCUGAGGAGCCCCAACAGAUGUACCAAAGAAGCUGAGGGAUAUGUCCUUCUAAGUCUCAUAGAAUCAUAAGAAAAGGGUGACACCCCCAAGGAGCCCCAACAGAGAAAUGUUUUAAAGAAGAUGAGUGAUAUUAUUAUCUGUUAUUUAUAUAGCGCCAACAAUUUAUGCUGCGCUUAAUGUCCUUCUAUGUGUCAUAGAAUCCUGGGAAAAGGGUGACACCCCUGAGGAGCCCCAGCGGGCUUAGGAACAUUAAAAACACAACACGUUGUUGAUUUUUGACGCGA